AUGGAGGAACAAGUGAAAGCUUUAGAACAAAAUCUUGAAGAGCAAGCCAGUAAUAUGCAACUGCUGAUGCAAAUGAUUAAAGAAAUCAAGGAUAGCAGUGCUGCUAGAAAUGGAGCUUCUGAAUCUCCACGAAAUUCCUUCAUUGGGGUCAAUUCUACCCGACCUCAAGGUAUGAUUCCCAAACUGCAAUUUCCCACGUUUGAUGGUACAAAUCCUAAAAACUGGAUUAAAAAAUGCAGUAGAUAUUUUACUCUAUGUAAUAUAGCAGAGGAGUGUAGAGUAAACCUUGCAUCAUUAUACAUGACUGAGAAAGCAGAAACUUGGGUGUCUAGUUACCUAGCAAUAAGGAAAGAUGUUGAGUGGGAUGACUUUAUCAUUGACUUGACUGCAAGAUUCAAGGAUGGUAAGGGAAUUAAUGCUGUAGAGCAGUUUAAUAAGCUUGAGCAGGGUGAAUCUUUGGAAGAUUACAUUGAUGAAUUUGAGAAUUUGAGGUCAGUUUUGCUUCAAAAUAGGCAUAGGUUACCUGAGGAGUUUAUAUUGGACAGCUUUGUUGGAGGUCUAAAACCCACUAUUAAGCCUUUUGUGAGAGCUUUUAACCCCACAAAUAUCUCUGAAGCAGUAAAGUUUGCAAGAUUACAGGAAGAACAGUUGACAGCUUGUGCUAUGAAAACCCAACCUAAAAUUUCUUCCACUUUCUCAUCCAUACCCUCACAAAAAUCAUCUCAAACUUCUUAUACCCAAAACCUUAAACCUCCACUUUUGCCAACUCCACAAAUUAAACCAUCACAAAAUUUAACCAAAUUCCAUCCUAAACCCUUUAAGCACAUUCCAGCAGACGUGAGAGCUCAAAAGAUAGCAAAGGGGUUAUGCUAUUAUUGUGACCAGAAGUAUGAAAAAGGACACAAAUGUCAGUUUAGAGAGCCACAAUUAUUCACAGUUGAGAUUCAACCUGAAUAUGUGGAAGAUGUGGUAGAAUCUGAUGAAGAAAUGAGGGAAGAAGUAGUUGUGGAGCCCUGCAUUUCAGUUAGUGCUUUGUCUGGAAAUCAAAACUUCCAUACAAUGAGAGUGGUGGGUUUAGUGGAAGGCAAACCAUUGCACAUAUUAGUGGACUCGGGAAGUACUCAGAACUUCUUGGAUGUGGUUUUGGCCAAGAAACUAGGGUGUGAAGUGGAGGAAAUCAGUCCACAAGCCAUUACAGUAGCUGAUGGCAAUCACAUUCAGUGUCAAUAUAGGUGCAAUAACUUCAGUUGGAAGAUGGAUAAGAAGGUGUUUAGUGCUGAUGUGAUGUUGAUUCCAUUGGGGGGUUGUGAUAUGGUGCUAGGAGUUCAAUGGUUGAGUACAUUGGGGCAAAUUAAGUGGGACUUUAAGCAGUUAAUGAUGCAGUUUGAGUUGGAGGGAGAACAAUUGAUUUUGAGGGGAAUCUCUCCUAAGAAAUUGAAAGUGCUUGAAAAAGAGCCAAGUUGUAAGUUGCUCUUGAAUGCAGCCCAACUAUGUUUGAUGCAAGUAGUGGAGUUGUCAGCUCUUGGAUGGGAAAACACUGAGAAACAGGAAGACAGCACACUGGUUGAACUGGAAAAGCUAAAGAAACAGUUCAGUGAAGUCUUUGAUGACCCUGUGGAGUUACCACCUCUAAGGGGUGUCUUUGAUCAUCGAAUUCCUCUCAAGAAUGAUGCAGAAGCUAUGAGCAUUAGGCCUUACAGAUAUCCUCUCAAGCAAAGGGAUGUUAUUGAGCAGUUAGUUCAAGAAAUGCAAGAGAGGGGUAUUAUUCAAAACAGUAGCAGUCCAUUUGCUUCUCCAGUUGUAUUGGUAGGCAAGAAAGAUGGCACAUGGAGACUUUGUGUUGACUAUAGGGAGCUAAAUAGGAGAACUAUAAAAGACAAGUUUCCUAUUCCCGUAGUUGAGGAGUUGAUUGAUGAACUUGCAGGGGCUACCGUGUUUACUAAACUUGAUCUCAGGGCUGGUUAUCAUCAACUAAGGGUACAUCCGGAUGAUGUAUUCAAAACUGCCUUUAAAACUCAUACAGGCCAUUAUGAGUUUUUAGUGAUGCCUUUUGGCUUGACCAAUGCGCCUGCUUCAUUCCAAAAUUGGAUGAAUCAAGUUUUUAAAAAGUUGCUUAGGAAGUGUGUAUUAAUUUUUUUUGAUGACAUACUCAUAUAUAGCAGAAACUUGAAUGAACAUUGGAGCCAUUUGAAGAUUGUGUUUGAAUUGAUGAGAUUGAACAAGAUGUGUGUAAAAGAAAGUAAGUGCUCAUUUGCUAAGGAUAAGGUUGAGUACUUAGGACACUUUAUCUCAGCAAAAGGAGUAGAAACAGAUCCCAAAAAAAUAGAAGCAGUUUCAAAAUGGCCAGCACCAGUUACACUUAAAGAUUUGAGAAGUUUCCUUGGUUUAACUGGUUAUUACAGGAAAUUUGUGAAGAAUUAUGCCAUGAUUUGCAGACCUUUGCAUGACUUGCUGAAGAAGGGUAGUUUUCAGUGGAAUGAGUUGGCUCAACAUGCCUUUGAGAGAUUAAAAGAAGCACUGGUUUCUUCUCCUGUAUUAGCAGUACCCGAUUUCUCAAAGCAGUUUAUUGUUGAAACUGAUGCAUCAAACUCUGGAAUUGGUGCAGUAUGA